CCGGGAAGAAGAAGAAGAAGAAGAAGAAGAAGAAGAAGAAGAAUAUCAGGCGGUGUUUAUAUAUGUCAAUGGGUGUAUCCAGUGUGUUGACAGACUCGAGAAACGAAGGUAGUCUCGUGUUAACAUGACGUCUCCAGAGAUCGCCUCUCUUUCCUGGGGCCACAUGACAGUGAAGGGCUGCUCCUCCAGCUACAAGGACUGUAAGGUCUGGCCUGGAGGCAGCCGGGCCUGGGACUGGAGAGAGACUGGGACCAACCAUUCCCCGGGAGUACAACCUGCAGACCUGGAGGAGGUGCUGAAGAAGGGAAUAGACUUGCUGGUCAUCGGCAGAGGCAUGAGCGAAGCUCUGCAGGUUCCCUCCUCCACUCUGGACUUUGUGAUGCAGAAAGGCGUCGACGUCCGAGUCCUGCAGACGGAGAAGGCCGUGGCCGAGUACAACAAACUGGCCGGCCAGGGUGCCAAGGUGGGGGGGGUCUUCCACUCCACCUGUUGAUUAGGUCACGCUCGCACCGCUGCACCAACGGAGAUGACCCCCGCAGGAUAUAGUGUAGAGCCGCCGCUAUCUGUAGCAUUACGUAAAGGGACCCGUCGCUGCAGCUGGGCUCAGAGCCACCAGAGACCUUUGGGAUUUGUUUAACCCUUGUGUUGUCUCCGUCUGUUUUGCCUGUUUUUAGAAAGCAUAAAGUAUACAUCUUUUGAGCCAACUUCAUUCCAACUUAUCACCGCUAGUUUUACACUUAUGUUUGUAAUUCAUGGUCAGUAAACCUCCAUUUAUAUUAAAUGAUGCCUAAUUUUGAGUUAAAAAAACCCCCCAGAAAUUAUGAAUUACUUUAGCUAAUAAUUAAGAUCAGAGGAACGUACGUUGAUGCAUAGUUAGAGCAGUUUCGUGUAUGGAACUAUUCAUGUUAUUUUUGGGCAGUUUGGUUGAAAGAAACCUAUAUUUUGGAAUACAGAAACUUUGAAAACGGGUCAAAUUUGACCCGAGGACAACACAAGGGUUAAAAGAGAAUAAAAAAAAUAAAAAACCACAGCGCUUUCCCCACUAAACGGGAAUGUUAACGUGCGCAGCCCGAUGCUCUGGCAAUACGAGACUAGGGUAAGAUUGAAUCAUCUUAAUGUCCAGUUUAUUGUUGUAUAAUUUAAAAUGUUACUUUUGGUUUAAAUUGAACAUUUCAUUUUAGCGGGUAAUUUUGUGAAAUGUUGCGUCUACUGCAAUCCCCACUGUUCAACUGUCAGCUAAAAGAGUGAUCAUGUGGUGGGGGUGUGGUUGGUAAAAGCUAAUGAGUGGACAGUUCAGUUCAAUGUGUUUCUGCUUGUUUGCUACGCUAAAUAAAACUAGAGAAAUGAAUCCUCUCCA